AGCAACAUGCCCCCCCCCACACACAAUUCGAGUUGUAACUCUAGAGCCUCAAAGAGAAGACAACCGCGCCUCCUUCUCAAGACCCAGCGGACUCAUGGCCCGCACCAAGCAGACUGCACGCAAGUCCACAGGCGGCAAGGCGCCUCGCAAGCAGCUGGCCGUCUUGAUGGCGCACAAGAGCGCGCCGGCCACCAGCGGUUUGAAGAAGACCCGCCGUUACCGACCAGGCACUGUGGCCCUGCGUGAGAUCCGGCGCUACCAGAAGUCCACCGAGAUGCUGAUCCGCAGGCGGCCCUUCCAGAGGCUGGUGCGCGAGAUCGGGCAGGACUUCGAGAUCCAACUGCGUUUCCAGAGCUCGGCCUUGUUGGCGCUGCAGGAGGCGUGCGAGGCCUACCUGGUGGGGUUGUUUGAGGACACCAACAUGUGCGCCAUCCACGCGAAGCGGGUGACCAUCUUGCCCAAGGACAUUCAGCUGGCGCGACGCAUCCGCGGGGAGCGUGUCUGAACGUCCAUCUGGCCGGAUUCGAACUCUACACCUCCCCCCCACCCCACCCCCCAAAAGGCUCUUUUCAGGGCCACCAUCUUCUCAGAAAAAGGGCUGUGCGCUGGCCGGGCGCCUCUGUGGAGGCCAACCGUUGUGCUUCUGCUGCCACUUAGACCGAAAGUGCUUUUGGUUAUGUUAACCCAUUCUCAACCACCUCACACGUGUGGAGUUUAAUGAGGUGAAAUCACAGUGGAAACUCAAUUGCAAAGGUCAGGGUGCUGGAAAGACAUUAACCUGCAGAGCAGCGGCUGGCACGCGUUCCUGCACUCGUAUUCAGUCUCCCCAGCCCCAUAAAGCAGGUUGGCAUGUUCCUGAGGUGAGGCUGAGUUGCCAAGAAACUCCAAGCCCAGGUGGUUGGCACUAAGCCCGACAGUGGGGCAAUCGGAGGCAAGGUGAGGUUGCUGUGGGGGUAAAGACCUAAAAGCACUUUUUUCUCCUUUGUGUGCUGGUUGCAACCUUACCUGAGGCAUUGUAAUGUCUUGCUUGUUUGAAACGAGUUCUUGGCACUUAUGAAUAAAAGUGGUCAGACUUUG